AUGCCGACACUAUCUGCCCGUCACCAGCCGGAACAGCAGGAACUACUGGAGCUGGAGAGUCCCGCAUUUGCGGUCGUCUCGAGCGAUCACCAUUCGUACCGUGCGAGCAGUCUCGGUAAGCCGAACGCGAUCGUACGCCCGCUGCGUCACGGUCGCGAGCAACGGGAAGUGAUCGAGGGUCAGCACAUCGUCAGCCUGCAUCCGGACUACAAACUGCUGCACGAAAUUGAGACACAACUCAGUCGGAAUAAUAACCGGAACAAGGAUACUAGCAGCGUUCACGCCAAUACCGGGCACGAUCGUGGUGAUCCUGCGAAAUUACUGCAGCCAAAGUACGGGCCCGGUGCGAUCGAGAUCGAAAAGACGGAACGGACCGGUACCCGGCAGCAUGAGUUUAGCCGUGAGCUGGACGCCAAGCUGAGGAAGCUACAGCACGAUUCCUCGAAGCGAUCGUCCAAAAAUGGCAGCACGCAGGAGGUAAACGUUAGGAAGCGUCCCCUGUUCAUCACAACCGUCCCGAAAGGUGUGUUCCUGCAGCCAACGAAAGAGCUGCCCCUGCUACUGCCCGGUUCCAGCCAACGGCGUCUGUAUGCGUUCGAGAGCCGGCCAAGGAUUCUGACCGCACCCAGCCUCACCAAUAAUAACAACAACGACAUCAAUCAUCCGAACCACAACCAUCCGGGCGAGUACGUCUGCAAGCACGGUAGCCAUCAUUACGGGAAAGCACCGCUAGCGCCAAGGAUAUCGCACGUGGGCGCAGGCGAGGCUGACGUUGUGCGGAAGGUAGCUGCGACGGAACUGCAAUCGAUCGCGCACGGCCAACAGCAACGAUCCGGCCCACAGUACACCGGUCGCCCGGCAAGAGACCAACAGCAGCAGCAGCAGCAGCAACCGCAGCAUGGCUCCUAUCAGAAUGUGAUGCACGAUCGACGAGUCGUCCGGGGCAGUAAUUAUACCUCAACGAGCAAUCUGCAAGUGGGACAUGUUAACAACUCCCCUAACAUGCCCCGGUGGAAUCCAUAUUUCGGUUACGCUGGUCUUCUAUCAGGAAAGGGCGAUGGCGACGGUUCCCAGAAGGAAGCCGAAGCUCGAAGGCGACAAAUGCUCCGGAAGAAGUACGUUUCCCGCAACCAACGGGGAGUCAUCGGAACGCCACCACCAGUCCGUGGACGACGGCAUGAGACGGUCCAGACGGAGAAAUAUCUUGAGGAGCUCUUCCUGCAUCCUCCGGAGCUAGAUGCCGGUUGUCAGACGGAUCUAUUUCUGCAUCGGCCACCAUCGCCACCGUACGUACCAGCCAAGACCGGUUGCGAUGCAUCCACCGAAAUUUUGGACGGCGAACUGUUCGAUUUCGACAUCGAGGUGCAACCGAUCAUCGAGGUACUCGUUAGCCGAACACUGGAGCAAGCACUCGUCGAGGUGCUGCACGAGGAAGAAAUCGCCGAGAUGAAGCAACAGCAGCAGAAGAUACUAGCAUUGCGCGAGGCUGAGCUGGCCGAGCUGAGACGUCUCGAGCAGGAAGAGCAGAAGCGUCAGGCCGAACGGGAUAGACGCUUUCUGCAGGACAAAAUUGCGCGCGAUCUCGACCGCGAGAUGCAGGAGCGCAUCACUGCGGCCAAGCUGUUGCAGGGCCGGCUAGACGAGAUCGUACCGGAAGUGAUGGCUGCCGUCGACAAGAUCGAGACGGAGAAGGAUCGGGCCGAGUUUGAGCGGCAGAUAACACCAUGGCUAGCGAAGGAGGUUGCGCACGAAAUAGGCCAAUGGAUCGAUGCGAACGAUUUGCUAGAGGAUAUGAUACGAGAAAUUUUACUGCACAAAAAGAAACUGCUGGAAGCGGAUGCGGAUAACACUGCCGAUCAAGAACAGUACGAUGAGGUUGAUCCGGAUGAAGCAGACGAUGAACCGGAACCAGCCGCAACCGAGCAGGAACCGGAUGUAGGGGACUCGGUACCGGAGGAGCCAGCAGCUGAGCCAGAAGCUCCCAACAGUGAUUCCGAGAAAGCAAUGUGA